UUUUGUUUUUGUUUUUGUUUUGUUAUUUUGUUUUGAUGAGUGCAGAAGAGAUUGAAUCCUACAAGUUUCAACUCGAACAAGUUGAACUUGCUUUACAGGCUGAUGCUAAUAAUGAAGAACUACAGAAACUACAAGCAGAUCUAAAAGAACUAAUAGCCAUGUUUGAAGCAGUCAAUCAAGAAACAACCAAUACAGAAUCACCACCUACAAAAAAAAGGAAAUCCGAAUCGAGUCCAUCAGCCACGACAACAACAGCACUCAAGCUACAUGAGUUUUCGGUUGAUCAAGAAGUCAUGGCACGUUGGUCUGGUGAUGGACAGUUCUAUAAAGCCACGAUUACAGCUAUUGGUGGUGCUGAUCAAGUAUUUUCUGUCAAAUUCAAAGGCUAUAGUGAUGUUGAAUUUGUCAAGGCAGAAGAUAUCAAGGCCAUUGCUACCAAGAAACGAGAACCCGGUAUUUUUGAAGUGGUGGAUAAGAAAAAGAAAAAGAAGGAACCUGUCUUACCUGUGGUUCCCCCUCCUCCUGCUAUUGCAUUACCAGCCACACCCGCCAAUGCAUUAAAAAAGAAAAAGGCAAGUGAAUUCGAGAGCAAGAAGAGUGCUUGGUUGAAUUUUGCUACAGGAUCCAAUAAGAAAAAGAAAGUAUCUGGACCUGUCAUUAAUAAAAAGAGUAUUUUCAAGACACCCGAUAACCCACACAGUAAAGUGGGUGUUGUAGGUAGUGGUAAAGGCAUGACCUCAUAUCAACAGCGUGGCAAACAUAUUUAUACGCCUACAGCUUCAGAAGAUUAAAAUUAAAAAGGGACUGUAUAAAAUAAAAUAAAAAAAAAAUCUCUUCUUUA